AUGGGGAGGAAACUCAUGCCAAAAAACGUGAGAAUCAACGAGAUAGCUCAGAAGGAGGAAUCUCGGGCAAAAAAUCGUGAAUAUCAACGAGACAGGUAUGUUGCAUUGCCUAACCACAAGAAAGAGGAAUUUCGGGAAAAAAAUCGUGAGUACCAACAUAGUCGUCGGGUUCGUCUAAAGGCUGAGGCUGAAAUCACUGAUAGUAGAAUGGAUGAUAAAGGCAACUCUUGUAAGAGGAAACGGGACAUUGCUUCACAAGUUGAUAAUAUAGAUCAAGGCACUCCUGAAGAUCAGGACACUUUAAAGCACAUGGCCAAGAAGAGGUAUAGGCAUGCAAUGCCUGGUGAUAAGAAGGAUGAGGUCCUUGCUAAAAACGUGUUGGGAAAGGUGUAUAUCAACAUGAUUAUCGUGCAAAAAAAAGUUGAUCAAGAACCUUUCAAUUCUGACAUUUGGGAACCAGAAGACACAUUGCAUGGAAUGGAGGAAAAUGAUUUAGAUCAACAGAACCCAAAUGAAGAUGGCCCUGACAUAUACGAGGAUGAUGAAGCUAGAAUGUUUAAUGAUAAAGAUUUCAAAUACGAGUAUUCUAUAGAGCCCAUAACAAGAAUAAAUGGUCAUGAUCCUUAUAACUUUGUGUAUGUGGGUCUUCCUGAGACCCAUCAUGUCUUGAAUAAAGUGGAGAACUACUUUUAUUGUCGUGCAAAGAGGUUUGAAGGUGAAGGUCCUGCAUUCUGUUGUCGGAACGGAUGGGUUAAUAUAUUUAUACCAGAGGUCUCAGAUCAGCUCUACCGAUUGUUCACAAGUCAAACUGACAAGGAUGCAAAGUAUUUCAGAAGGAACAUUUGUUACUUCAAUUCACACUUUUCUUUCACAAGCAUGGGGAUUUCCAUUGAUCGUAGUCUGGAAACAGCAAAAGGACCAACGCUUGUUGAGAUCAAUGAUGUCUCGGAGACGAAUGUACAUGAAGAAGAAAUUACAGAGUCACGACGAUACGUCAGCACUAGGGAAUAUCUAUGUUUCAGGCUUCAAAUUCGUGAGGGAGAAUUUAAUGUCAUGUUUCAUGGUGGGAGGCUUUUCCAGCACUGGGCCAUUGAUAUGUAUGUGAAGGUGGAGUCAAUGUGUUUAGACUGGUACUCAAAACCGGCGCAUCAAGAUCUAAUUCGUGCUGAUCUAUACCAGAUUAGAUGUAUUUGA